GGGCGUUAGUGGUUUCCCACAGAAUUUCGCCAAUCUCAUUAUAUUCAAUCAAUUUAGGCAAUUUUGAUAUUAUCAAACGAGCUAAAUAUUUAGUUUUAUUGAAGACAUUGAGUCAAUGAGUCGUGGAGAGCCUUACAUAUAUAGGUGGAUAGAGUGUGUUGAAAGCGAAUUCUCACUUUAUAUAGCCUUUUAGGUAGUCUUUAUUUUUUGAAUUGUACGAUGUAUGUCACGGUCUAAUAACAGAAACUGAGCGGGGGCAGAACAUCAUGUGGAUUAGUGCAGCAGAUUUUUCCAUAAUUAGCACUCUAAUCCAACUUAAUACCCUGUUGUCAGUUUCCCAUGUUAGAACAUUCGCAUGAACCUGCGCUGUUCUAGCGUUAGUUCAUCUCAUCCGUCCAGCAUUAACGGUAAGGUUAUGUUUGGACCGUGAAUACUGGAUCAUAAACCUGCCCUGUACUUGUUGCCUUUGAAGAAAGAAACAUUUUUCUUGUUUUAGGAGCCAAGUUUGGUUUGUAACUGGUGGACCUGUUGCAAUCUCAUCUGCCGUGUUUGGUCAACAACAAAUUAUACCCUGAAAAAAGUAGUGAUGAAUUGUUAUGAAAGGAAGUGAACUUUUCAUGAUAAAAGAAAAACUUAGAGAAACCAGAAAAUGGAGAGGAUCAGAGCUGCCAGAGAAACUCUAAGGUGCUGUUUGGAAGCAUCUAAGGUUUUAUCCUCAAAUUUUGACAUUGCAGGGGAGACAUUGGAGAAGACGAGCCAGAGACUGGAUUUCUUGGAAACCUCCAUCACUAAAAUCUCAACAAAAUGCAAUCUUUAUAAUAAGAUCAAAGACCCUUUGGACUGUGCAAUUCAUCUCUCUGUUUCUAUUCCAAGCAUGUUUCAACUCCUCUGUGGGUUGGAAGAUUCUCUCCUCUACUCCCACCCUUCUUACGGUUUGUUUGAGUACCUAAACACCAUCAAGUACACUCAAGAUUCACUGAGAUUCUUCACUGGUUAUUGCAAAUUGACAAUCCCAUGUCUGGAAGAAGUGGAACAUCUUCUUGUGGAGAAUAACUUUUCCAUUGCAGACACUUGGUGUCUUGAUGAGAAUGUGAAUAAAUGUCUGGAGAUGGUCGAAGAAUUGUCAUCCAUGGAGGAAAGGUUUAAUUCUGAAGGGGGAGCUCUGUUUUCAGCUUUAGACAAACUGGAGACUGAAUUAGCCACUCUCUUAAUGGAUGAUAACAUAGUUAUGGAGAAAAUUCAGGCCAUUAUUGAAAGGUUAGCUGCAAAUAAUCGUCAAACAAAUUUUGUUUCUGCUUAUGUUGAAAUCCGGAGUUUAAAUGCCAGAGAAAGAUUGGAAGAACUGGGGUUGGAUUACCUGGAAAUGCCAUUAACAGAGAUUGACAGACUAAACGGGGUAGAAAACCAGAUAUAUCAUUGGGGAACACAUUUGGAAUAUGCAGUGAAAUAUGUGUUUGAAACUGAGCACAACCUCUGCUGUGAGAUUUUCCAAAAGAAUCACAGCGAAAUCUUUUUACAGAUUGUUACCCAGUCUGGGUUUCAAUCAUUCUUCAAGUUUGGAAAUGCUAUAGCAGAGGGAAAGAAGGAAGCAAUCAAGAUUUUAAGGCUUCUUGAAAUAUUUGCAGUUCUUAACAAGCUAAGACCGGAUUUUAACAGACUUUUCAAUGGAAAAGCGUUUUGGGACAUCCAAACACAGACUAGGGAACUGAUGAAGAAAGUUGUGAAUGGUGUUUGUGAAACUUUCUGGGAACUCCACCAACAAGUUGAACUUCAACAACUUCCAUCUGCGCUACUACCAAGUAACUGUGGUGUUCCAAGAUUGGUCACUUUGGUCACUAUUUUCUGCAACGAGUUACUAGAAGAUGAGUACUGGUUGACUUUACUCCAAGUUGUUGAGAUUCAUCAAGGAUGGAACCACAAGGAGUUUGACGAGGAACUCGUCGCGGGCGAGAUUCGCAACAUAGUGACCGCGUUGGAGAGGAAUCUGGAGGCAUGGGCAAGAGCGUACGUGGAACCCGCACUCUCCUGUCUCUUCUUGAUCAAUAGUCACUGGUACAUUAGCAAACACACAAAGGGUACAAAACUUGGUGAACUAAUGGGAAAUUCGUGGAUAAGAAAGCAAAAGGAAAACAUUGAACGUUUCAUGGAGGCUUAUCUGAAGGAGAGUUGGGGAAAACUAGCUGAUCAAGAUGAUAACGUCUCUUUUGGUAAAGCAUUCGAGAGAAUCUAUGAGAGCCAAUCCGGGGUGGAACUAUGUGACAACAGGCUGAGAUGGAGGAUUUGUGAAGUUGUUCUUCAGGCUGUUGUUCCUCCAUACAUUGAAAAAUAUGAAUCUCCAGUAGAUAUAAAAUACACAUCAGAAAGGUUGGAGCAGAUGAUUAGUUCUCUGUUUAAACCAAUGGUAGAGGAAUUUGGUGCCACAAAAUGCACAAAACUUACCAGCAAGGUCAAUAGAGUCAUUGCUGAUCGAGUCUCCCGAACUCCUGCAGCUGCAUGAUCAUGUAUAUAGAUUUGUAUAACAACACUUAAUAUAGUGCACAUACAUACACAGAAAAUGACUCAGCUAAAUUAGGUUGUGUAGAUACUUGAUACUCUUAAUUUAUUCCCCUUGAUCAUGUUUAAGAUAAUUUAUUAUAUACCUUCAG